UUCCUAUAGUGUCAGGCCAUGUUGUCCUCUGCGUCUCGUGAUCCACCACCGUCCCUUUUACUGUCUUGUAAGCCUGCUGUGAGCUUCAUUCUUGGGGCUAUAUUACUCUGCUACCUUGUACAGUCACAUUACCAGCAUGACGUUUGCCUCCAUGCUCUAAGAGUGUAUAGUUUUGCAGUAAUCGGGUUAGAGAUUUGCUUCAGGAUCCUGGGCGUGUGUGUGUUGACAGGCUCAUGGGACAGCUACCUCGGUGGACCGUCUAAAGGAAAGACCAAAAAGUCGUCAAAAGUUGUGGAUGUAUUUCUGAUUGCUGUGUGGAGUGUCCUCAGCAUAAUCCUUACACACAUUGUCACUGUCCUAUAUGGUGCAUAUCUGAUUGAAUACGUUGAAGAGACCUUCACCUUCAGUAUACUAGUAGCAGCUUUAUCCUUCAUCAGACCACUUAUUGCCCUGGGACCUUCUGCAAUUGUCAUUAUUCUUGAAAGAUUAAACUGGGAGAAAGAAUCUGAAGUCCAUUGCUUUGCUGUAUUACUUGGGGCGUGGUUAGGGGCCAUACCCAUACCUCUGGACUGGGACACUCCUUGGCAGGUUUGGCCUUUAACCUGUAGUAUUGGGGCAGUGCUUGGAGAACUAGGAGCUUGUAUGUACCUGCUGGUCAAACUGUGGAAGGAAGGAGACAUAAGCAGGAAGAAGAACAAGGCUACGUAGAAGCCACACCUUACUCACGUCUAACAUUUCUUUUUUCUGAAGUUUUCAUCUUACUCUAGUUUAAUUAACACUUAGGUAGGGUAAAACUAAUAUAAGAUUAUUUUAAUAAAGUUUGUGUUUGGACUUUUUGAGUCUAGUUAUUAGUUAUUAUUUCAUUAUUUUUGUAAUUGUCAUAGUUCUC